AUGGUUUCAGGAGGGGCGGCUCCACCCUCAUUCGACCCCUCCCACAACGAUACUGCUGUCAUCACUCGUUUGAUUCGUGGCCUCCAUUCUGAAGAAACUCGAGAGCAGUCUCUUGACCUUCUGUGUAAGAAUAGACAAACUUGUGACAAGUUGGCAAUUUUAUUAUGGAAUUCUUUUGGUACUACGAAGAUCCUUUUAGAGGUAAUAACUUCAGCUUACCGUCCGUUAUUAUCCGAUAGCCUUAAAGAAAGAGCGGUAACACAAGUUUGCAAUGCCAUAGCGCUUCUCCAGUCUUUAGCUUCUCACCCUGAUACAAAGAUGCCAUUCAUUAGAGCUACUCUGCCAGUGUAUCUUUAUCCCUUCUUGAACACUAUGAGCAGUGAAAGGAACUAUGAAUGUCUAAGGCUCACCAGCUUAGGUGUCAUUGGCUCGCUAGCAAAGGUUGAUGAUCCAGAAGUGAUUGAAUACCUUCUUUCUACCCAAAUAUUUCCUAGUUGCCUACGCUGCAUGGAUUUUGGCAGAACGUUGUCAAAAACAGUUGCCACAUUUAUAAUUUACAGAAUCUUACUGAAUGAGGAAGGUCUCAAGUACUGUUUCACUCUUGCGGAGCGAUACCUUUCGGUAAGCCAAUGUCUGGCAAAAUUAGUAGAGAGACUUGGUGAAGAAGAUGAAGAAAAUCUACUGCGCCUGCUGAGAAACGUCAUCGGUUGCUAUCUCAGGCUCUCGGAAAACCAAAGGACACGACCACAAUUGUCAAGCUACAUUCCGUGGAAGUUGAUGGAUUACAAAUAUGUCAAUAUCCUUCAAGGUGAUCCAGAAUCCCUUGGUAACCUGCGACAAUUGAUCUGCAAUCUAAAAAUCAGACAGAGCUCCACCACUCGAUCUACCGGCGAGUCGCCGGGGCCAUUCAUUCGAUGA